UCCAUCCAGAGCAUUCACGAGGUUGCUACACUACACAACCUGUGGCUCAUUCAGACCUAUAUAUGCACAUCAUUUAUGCAGUCUUUCAGUCAGUGGUGAGGAUACUGCACAGUGCGUUUCUAAGCUCUCCAGUGCGCGCAGCUCUCCGCGUUGCGCGUGAUUGAGGAGACAUCCACCGCACGUUCGUACUUUCACAAGGCUUUUUAUUCACAUAUAUAUCCACGGGGCAGAGUCACAUUUGCGUGCAUCUGUCACUAUGUGAGUCGCGGGACGUGGAAAACUUUUUGCAUAACACAGCGAGGAAUAUUCAGUGAGAAAAGUGUGCGCUUGGAGGAUCUGAUGGAGAAAAGAACAUGAAUACUGAGUUGUUCAGAAAUUGCCGGGCAUGCUUACUGACUUUUUGGACUCUAUGGAUUGGUUUUAUAUAAGGGUCUAUAUUGAUAAAAGCAAUUUGGAGUUGAAGAACGUGCAGUGCCCUUUUUAGAAACUAAUCAAAAAGUUACAUCAUAAUCUUGUCUUAUCGUUUUUUUUCACGAAGUCAUGCUGAUGCGAAGCCAAUUUGUACGGUGGGUCGUUUUUUUGACACUUUGCCUGGUUUUGGUCAAGGGUUUCCCCACAAAAAAGCGCAGAGCGAAUCACAUCAAAAGCAGGAGCAGUGCUUCUGCAGAGGUUCAAGGUCAUGGUGGCUCCAAAGAUGCCAGACAGACACUGUUGGAAAUUCAGCAGCGCAACCAGCUGAGGAGCAUCCCGGCUUCACCUCGACGCCAUAAGAGGAGAUGGUCGCAGAUUCGCUCUGAAGGAGUUCUCCCCAAACCUGCUCCGCAUGAGGAAGAGGAACCUUUCGUUUUAGACCUGAAGAACUUCCCUGAUCUUGCCAAUGCAGACCUGGGCUCCCAGAAUCCAAAUAUUCAAGUCACCAUUGAAGUUGUGGAUAACCCUCAGAUGGAGGUUGAGAUGGAUCUGGUCAAGGAGGACAGGAACGACUGGUCUUUGAGCUCUGAAGAAUUCCUGGGCCAUAAAAAGCUUUUCUGGCCUCUGUUCUGGGAAUACCAUGACUCCAGUGAAGAAAAUCAAGGAAGUUUGGAGGAGAAUGGAGAAGGUUUUGGCUAUGAGGGCGAAGAUUCAUUUUGGAGUGGCGUGGGCGCCGAUUGGAACAGGCGAUGGAAGGGCUGGGACACCAUGGACAAUUACGAAUACGAAGAAGAGGAAUGGAGCGACUGGUCACCAUGCAGUGCCACCUGUGGCCAGGGCAACCAGAAGAGGAUUCGUUCAUGUGGCUAUGCCUGCACUGCUACAGAAUCACGGACAUGUGACUUAGAGCGAUGCCCAGAUGACAUUUAUGAUGUGACAGAGCCGACUCUUCUUGAUACGACAAACAGUACAGAGCUUUUUGACACAGAUGUCGACAGCUGUGAGAAGUGGCUGAACUGUAAGAACGACUUCCUCCAGAAGUACCUGCACCAAGUCCUGACCGGACUACCCAGCUGCCCUUGCGUCUACCCGUCGGAGGUCGUCUACAGCGCCGUCAACAUUUUUGAUAGGAAACUGCAAAAAACCUUUCGCUGGCGAGACGCCAGCGGCCCCAAAGAGAGGCUGGACAUCUACAAGCCAUCCGCAAAGUUCUGCGUCCGGUCGAUGCUCUCGUUUGACAGCACCACGUUGGCGGCUCAGCACUGUUGCUAUGACGAUCACAUGAAGCUCAUCACACGGGGCAAAGGGGCCGGAGCCCCCAACCUCAUCAGUACGGAGUUUUCUCCGGAGCUUCACUACAAAGUUGACGUGCUGCCCUGGAUCCUCUGUAAAGGAGAUUGGAGUCGGUUUCAUUUGGUGCGACCGCCCAACAACGGUUUACAGUGCGUUGUGAAUCCACAGGAUGAUGUCUACAUGAAUGAACUCGAAGAGGCCAGAGAGUAUUGAUCUAAUGCUAAGAUUUGUUUAUUUACGUUAUAUUUAUGCAUUUGGUCGAUUUCCAAAGUGACUUACAGUGCAUUCAAUCAAUACAUUCAUUUUUAUGCGUGUUCCCUGGGAUCGAACACAUGACCUUUGUGUUGCUAAUGCAUAAUAUUUAAACCUACAAAUAGAUGUUUGAUUUCUUGUUUGAUGGACUACAUUACCGAACAGUAUUGAGGAUUUUUCAGUAUAUGCAGUGAACUUCCCCAUCAAUUAUGAAGGCAACAAAAGCUUCCUGCUCUGAUCUAAGUUGUCAUUGGUCAAGAAACUCUUUAGCGGAGACCUAUAAAGUUGGGGAGAAGUUCAUCUGGAAAGUUACUUAAAGUAACAUCUGGACUGGGGCUAAGCCUAAGAUACUGUCACAAGCUGUUAUGUACAGCUGAACUGCAAUAACACUGGUUAAACAUGUUGGUCCACAGCCCAGAUCUGAGGACUGUGAUGCAAUUUUCUUUGUUUUUUUUCUUUGUGACGAUACAUGCAAAGUCUAACAAGGUUCAACGAAUGGCAAGUUGGCUGUAUUUUCAUUGGACUUAUGUUUGUUUACCUUCAGUUUCCUCAAAGACUCAGAUCUGCCAUUAAAGGAAUUCCAGUAAAGCUGCUAAAAUUGCAACAUAUUAAAAAACGCAACAGAAUGCCGAUUUUGUUGACUUUAGACCUGAAGCUGGAUCCUGGCCUAGGAUCAGUCCAAACAAAUCAAACACAAUCCUCACACAAUAUUUCGGCGAAUAGUUCAUCUCUUUUGGAGCUUGUGUAUUGUUGUUUUAAAUAUACACAGACCUUGUGUCACGGGACGAUAUAUUUAUACAGAACCAUUUGACCUCUGUCUUCAGCGAAGAAGUGCGCUAAACCACAAUUAGGGAAUCUGAGACGCAGUACAGGACCUUUAUUUGAACUUAGCAAUGGGUGGCAUGUUUUAAAAAAUCGUCGGUAUAAUUGGAUCCCAUUUUCUUUUCUUUUUGCCUUUCAACACAACGCAGCUUUGUAGUGAAUGCAAUACGAGACACUCACUUGACACCGGUGUAGAGGUUUGGCCAAGCUUGGUUGACGGAUUGAAGCUUUCCUCUAAAGGUGAAUGAACGUCUUGUUAAAUACAAAGCCUCUUUCAACAUCUAAGUUCAUCCUUGAGUCUUAAUCAAUCCUGGAGGCUUAUGGGAUGUUGUUGGACCUUAGUCACCUUUGUCAGCAUGCCCGUUUAUCACAAUGUCUUUUAGUGAGAUGUUGAAACGGUAUGCGGUUGAUGUAAUUCCUAAAUACCAGACAAACACCUGUUCUGUAUAAACGCCCACCUCGGAUGACGUCUUAAUGUGUAAAUUGAAGCAGUGUGUACUCUUUGCAUGAUGUAAUGUGGCAGAAGUCAAGAUAUUGAACCAGAAAUUAAAAGGUUCAAGUUUCAGGUGGGAUACUGAAAGUUAAAGACCUCUUUUUUUAACCCUUAUGGUUGUUGGGGCCAUUAUUGGCUUAAUUUGGCCACAACUUUCUCUGUGUUACAGCAAAUGGAAUGAUUUUUGGUGACAAAUCUUAAAUUUACACAUAUUUUAAGAAAAUGUUUUCUUUUUAACUCAACAAUAUACCAUGGGAGAAUUUAUUAUUCUUUUCGUGUUGUUAGUGGCCAAAAAAGUCCACUAAAUAAAACUGCUGUAAAAAGUAUCAGAUUAUAUAUAUAUAUCAACCUUAAUACUGUUCAAAACUACCAAAUGUUUACAAAAAUUCCAUAAUUUUAACUCUUUAAUUGCCAAGUUCAUAAGUGGUGUCACUGAUUUGAGGAUAAAACACAAAAUAACCGAUUUUCAAAAUAAAAAGUGAUGUGGACUGGAUUUUUUAAAACCCUUUUCACAGUCUUGGGAAUGUCAAAGAUUAGUAAAAAUAUUGGUUUUGAUGCAUUUUUUGUUUUUGUGCAGCAUCAGAUUUUAUUUAUGGUUUGUGCCCGUUUUUGCCCCAUUGACUUCCGCUGUAACGAAAUUUUUGGAUUGCAGAGCCAUGACAACUUAUUAUCAUGCAUUAUUGAUUGUUGGUGUUUUUUCCUUUUGCAAAGAGGUAAAAUAUGUUAUUUUUACUGUUGAUCAUCAUGUGACACCAUUAACCCUUUAGUAGGCCUUUGCAAAAAACAGAGCCUAAUUUCUGGCUUGUACAUUGAGUUAAAUCCAGUCCACAAUCACUUUUUAUAUUGAAAAUCAGUCAUUUUGUGUUUUUUCCCAAAUCAGUGACAUCACUUAUGAACUUGGCAUUUAAAGAAUUAAAAUCAUGGAAUUUUUGUAAACGUGGUAGUUUUGGUCUGAUAAAUUUUUACAGCUGUUUAAUUUAGUGGCCUUUAUUGGCCACUAACAACACAAAAGGGUAGUGAAUUUGAACAAUGCACAAGGGUUAAAGGAAUAAUUUAUACCAAAAUGAAAGUUUAUUCUAAAUUGUCAUUCAAGGUCCACAACAGACGUCAAACAUGUUUAAAGUGGUCAUCCUAACUAAAAGUCAUUACAUAAUUGUGGUUUUAGUUUUGGUUUGAACUUUUCAUACUCCUUUGUGGAUCUAACCGUAUUUUUAUGAUGUAAAACACCAAUAAUCAAUGUAUUUAUUCAAAAGUUUGGCAUGCUUUAGUACUUCAGAUCAUUAUUUUGUAAGGUCUUUCAUCUCAGUCUCAAGACAUCAGUAUUUAGCUCUGCUUCUCAAGAUCAGCAUUCUUUUCAAGUUUAUUCCUAUCUUUAAAUAAACCACAGACCCUAAAACUGCUGAUCGGGGUCCUUGGGUUCACUAAAGAAGGUCUCAAGGAUUGAGCACCCCUGCCUUGCACACAUUAGCAUCGCUUGUGAUCACUGUCAGACCUGAACAAAACCAUGAAGAUAUUUUCAUUGAACUAACAAGUGCCAGGCAUGAAAACAUAAUGCCGUCUGUGUUUCGUCUUGAAGCCUCUCUUUGCAUUCAAACCCUUAGUUAUGGUGUAUUUGCUUGACAUGCGUUUCAUGAGCUUUUUGGUGUGUGCAAGGUUUUUGUCUGAAUGUCUAAAUUCUGUAGCAGGUCAGUAAAUCUCAAUUUGGUUGCCUGGGUAUUGACUUUUGGCUUGUGAUCAAUAAUAUAUUUGAGGUAACAUCUGUCUCGUUCAUUCCUAAACUCUCUGCACUCACUCAGGGAGAGAUCGGGAAAGCUAUGCCUUUGUUGGAACUAAACGGCACAUUUAGGGUUUUUUAUGUGAAAGAAUAACCUGAUCUAUGGGAUUGAUUAAAGUUUACCUGUAAUAAGUUUUUUUUUCUUGGUACAUUUGAUUUGUAUGAUGCUUCACCUUUCAGAACUUCAAAAAGAAAGGCACUUUAUUUAAUACAGAUAACUGAAUAUACAGUAUAUACUGUAUGUGUGUGUAUAUAUAUAAUCGUAUAUUGAAUUAUACAUGUAAUGUACAAUGUACCGUACUGUUUAUAAUAUUAUAAAGUGAUAAAAGAAAUGCUGCGUUCUUUAAGGAUAUUGUAUGUAAUGUAAAAUGUUUGGCAUGUCAAUUUUAACUUUAGAUCUAUCGUUGUACAGUAUUUAUUGCUUUUGUAACCGUUGCUAUGAAGUGGAUGAUCAAAUAAGUCCAUGCACUAUGGUUUGUGAAAAGAAAACACGCAAGUGCCACACCAAACACCGCUCUAUUUCAAUAAUGUUUCUUCUGUCUGUCAUCAACUGACUUUGUAUCAAACACUAUGUGAGCAGAUAUAAUAAAUGUAA